AUGAUAUUAUCACAUGACGCAUUAAAUCGUGAACGUGAUUGGUUUGAAUCAUCUCAAUCAUUAUUAUAUGGUGGUGUAAGUGAUUAUGAAAAUACUGAAAAAGCUGUACGUGAAUUACUUUUUACAUUAAUUCGUGAAACAUUUUUAAUUGGAAUUUGUUGGUUAACACAAAUGUAUACAUUUCUAACUGAUCAUUUUGCUAAUCAUGUUAAAUCAGCUUUACUCAAUACAAAAUUUUCUCAUUUAGAAGAUCAUGUUAAAUUUUUAAGUUUAGUUGAUCUUGAAUAUCAUACAGUUACACGUAAAUUUAUUCGUAAUGCUGUCACAGCUAUUAAACAUGCAAGAUAUGCUAAAAUGGUUUAUGCUGUUCAUAAUGUAUCUGGUACUUUAAAAAAUCUUGUCGGUUCAUUUUCACCUAUGAAUAUGAUUACCGAAAAUAACAAUAACAAUGAUAGUAAUAGUUUGGGAAGUAAAGUACUUCAAGUUGCUCAAGAUGCUAUACCAAAAUUAGCAACUGGUGUCAAUCCUAUUACAGCUAUUGCAACUUCAGCUAUUACUACUGUUACAGGUCAUAAAAGUCCACUUGAUUUAAUUUAUGCAACAGGAAAAUUUUUAACUAGAGAUCGAGAUCCACAAACAGUGAAUUAUUUACCACAAACAUGUAAUAAAGUUAGUGAAUUAUAUACAGCUGUACGUGGUCAACUUCUUCAUGAUAUUACAACAAAUUUUUUUGCUAAUCUUGUUCUUGAAAUUCAACAAUAUAAAUCAAUAUCAAUUGAAAAUUCUCUACAAAAUCGUUUAAAUCGUAUGUCAGAUAAAGAUAUUGCUUAUAUGGCUAAUAUUGAAAUUGAAAGUAGUCGUCAAAAAGUUCUUAAUAAUCAUGAAAGUAUUAAACGACUUGAACAAGCACGUGAUUCUAUUGAAGAUGUUAUUGCACUUCUUAAUAAUAAAAAUAUAGAAAAUAAUAUAUUUAAUAUGAAUAAUGAUAGUAAUAAUAUUAAGAAACGAAUUCGUGCAACACAUGAAGAUACACAAGUUUCAAUUGAUUCAAACCAAGAUGAAGAUAAAAGUGAUGAUGAAACAAGUGAAUUUGAAGAUGAACAUGAACUUAUGAGAUAUGAUGAUAAAACAUCAAAUCUUGAACUCGGAUUUCUUAAUGGUGAUUCAUUGAAAUCUGAUGUUAAAUUUGUUGAACAACGACAACAACAACAACAACUCACCUUAAUCACAACUAUGGCAUCAAACGUACGGAUGAUUGCAGAUGGUUUCGAGCAAAUAUCAUCUCUUCCUAUUAGUAUAAAUUCCAUAUUACAACAACGUGAAGAUACUUCAUCUUACAUCGUGUCUGACGAUGAAGAAGAUCGAAAUUCAGUGAUCGAAAAUCCUAUUAACAAAAAAGGUUCGUUUCUUAUACAUUAA